AUGUUAAGAAAACUCAGAGAACGCGCCCAAAAGAGAUUUCCAGGUACCUCAAAAAACGGUGCUAGUCCCGAUCAUGCUAUUGCAUCCGCGUUCGUGGGAAACGAGGCCAGUGGGAUACAGCUCUCUAGCGCGCGAUCAUCGAUACCGCCUCCAGCCACAGCUGCGGGGACGGAUGUCCAACCCCUCUCCCUCCCCCAACCAGCUGUUGGAGUAAAACAUAGCGCUGGAAGCUCCAUCAGCGCCAGGAGCUCUGGUACUGGAAUCUCCGCAGCGCCAGCAUCUACCCUCUCUCCUGAAUCUUCACCAGCACCUCACCAUUCAGUUCCAACUCCACCGCACACAAGAAAUGCACAAACACCGCUUGACUCAUCUAUUGACCGGGCUACUGCACAGAUCCCAGAAAGACAGUCCUCCACAGUCACUGCCGGGAGAGCAAGUCUUUGGGAUAACGCUCGAGCGCAGCUUCCGGAGAAGAUCCAAGAAAAACUGUGUUCAGUCGAUCAAUGCGAUAUCAAUCUGGUUAAAUUCCUUAUCGAGACGAUCCAAGUACAAAAGGAAGCCUGUGAUGAGAAGCGAUGGUCUUAUGUGAAUACAGCGGGGCAGAAGGUGUUCUAUUUCGAGUCUCUCAUCGAGCAGCUAAACAACAGACAGUUUUUCGACCCUUAUGCGGGUCGUCUGUUGUUGCGAUAUCUACGAGAGAUUGUGUGGGAUAGCUUUUUCCCCGGAUCGAAGCAGAAGCUGGGAGACCUCCAAACCCUGGAGAAGACAGUCAUUGCCAACGCCGAGGUUGCUGAGAAAGAGGCUGCGGAUGCGGGGCGCUCAGAACAAGCAAAGAAUCUUAAGCUUCUUCUAAGUCAAAUGCAGACACCUCUAACGGAAAUUGAACUUGUGCUUACUGUUAGUAGCUCCAAGGUUAUUGACUACGUUCUUGACGAGGUCAAGAUGGAUCAACAUAAAUGGCACCAUGCGGUUGCUUACUUCUACUGCCAUUAUAACGAUAAGGGAAGGAACGAUCCAGGAACAAUUCUCAGGACUAUCGUAAAACAACUAUGUCUUUCAACGGGUGAUGGCCUGUUGCCAAAGGAAGUGCUAUCGAUAUACGAGGAACGGGAAAAACAGGGACAUCCAUCCGGCCCGCUUAAUGUGGAUGAGUGUAGGGAUUUGAUCAUCAAGCUAUGUAAUGGAUUCCCGCAAACCACCAUCAUCCUCGACGCGCUUGACGAAUGCGAUGAAAAGGAGCGAAGGUCCUUGUUUUGCGCCUUGAGCGAAAUCGCAAAGGGAUCUCGGCUUACCAAGAUCUUCGUUACCAGUCGCGAUAUCGAGGACAUUAGGGACACAUUGUCUGGGCACUCAAGUCAUUGGAUUGAAGCGACUGACAAUCAGAGGAAUGUCAACCUAUUUAUUCAAACAGAGAUGGAGCGCCGCUCGCAGCCACAUGCGAUGCGAGGUGUGGAGAAGCCGCUACUCGGAGGCAAGGACGUGCCUCAACAGUUCAAAGACCAAGUGAUCAGAAGCCUGCAGAGCAAGGCGAAUGGAAUGUUCAUGUGGGUACAAUUUCAAAUUGAGGCCAUCUGCAAGGAAAGUACGAUGCCAAAAGUUCUUCGGGCACUUGAAACCUUACCUGAGAGCUUGGAUACAACAUACGAGCGCAUAAUCGAGAAGAUUAAUUCAACUUGA